CGUGAGCACGAGUGACUGGAGCGGAAUAGACGUGGACGUUGAUCAGGGAUAGGCAUAGGCAUAGGCCAUAGCUACGUUGCGUGGUGCAACGCCACUGGCGUGCGAAUUUGUUGCAGGGCUGCGGCGACAACUAAACUUCACAGCGUGGAUUCCGUGGAACCACUCUCGAAGAAGACACUCAAAUUUCUGAAAGCUUUCUUGCUCAUUUGGAUGCUGGUUAACCCUGUUCGCUAGCGCCUUCCUCGCCUCAGCUACCGCAAAUCUGCGGUUUGACCAUGAAAUGGAAUAUGAUUCCAGCUUUUAUCGCUUUGGUCUGCACAUUUCUAGAUAUGCAAAGCGAUCGAUCUUGAUCACUGGUGGCUUGGGUUUCGCAGUCGUCUAUCCAGCACUGCACAAUGCAUUGGAUUAUGGCUUUCCGUCCGCAACUGGAUGGUACAUGCGUGACUCUGUCAAAAUGGCAACCGAUCAUACCAACAUUGCACUCUUGCAGCUUGCACCGUGCUUCUCAUCUGCCCCAGCAGCAUUGCUAGUGCAAGCAGAACAAUUGCACAUCGAAUUAUUGAAUUUGCUCGGCGAUUUUUGUUACAGAACUGGUCCCUUGUGCCUCACGCAUACGCUGUUUGACGCUCCGCAGCAAGACUGGCUGGCGAUCCUGACGUUGCGACGAACUCGAAAGAAGAUUCCAGGUACAUAUCCAGUCGCAACACGCAGCCUCGUUGACCGUGUCAUCAUUGGCAGGGGUGUGCAAGCGCGUUGCCUAACGCUGUCAUAUUUUAUCAAGGCCCAAUCGGAAGCGAUGGACCAACUCGUUGCGGAGCGCGCACAGCAGAUUUGUGCAAGGCAUGCAGAUUGCGAAUCGAUACUCAAGAUGGACUUACUGAAGUUGGAGAAAGUUGCCAUCUCAUGGACAGAACAAAUGAUUUUGCUUGCAGGAUACUCGGCUGUCCUUGCGUAUCUCUUCAUCUCCUUCAGGCGUCUACGACUGGUUCGUUCUCGGAUAGGUCUCGCGGUCACGAGCUUCGUCUCUAUAACGUUUGCUGUCCUUGGUGCAUUCGAUUUAGUCUAUCUGUUUGAUGAAUCGAGCAGUCUGUCGCCCUUAGCAGUAUUACCAUUCAUGGUGAUGGUGCUCGAAACGGAAAAUAUCUUCCGGGCGACAAACGCUGUCACGCGUAUUCCUCGAACCCUAUCUCCUGCGCAGCGCAUGUCCGAGGCGAUGCGUACUGUUGGGCCAACAGGGCUACAUGCUCUUGGUGUCAAUCUUUGCAUCAUCGGAAUGUUUGGGUACGUUGCCAAUUCUGCUUUGCGUCAAUUCUGCGGUAUCUUGGCUGUGGCUUUAGUCUUGUCCUACGCACUUCACUUGACUUUCUUCUGCGCAAUCAUGUCGAUCGAUGUUCGCCGUACAGAGCUCAUGGAUCUGCUCAACGAGCGACACCAGAUUGCUCCGCGGUUCUUGGAGUCUUAUUUUCCGGUCAGUACGCGGAGAGUCGGGUCAUUCAUUUUGACUGUUUUUCUCUUCAUCUGCUGGUCUAGCUUGCCGGCUAGUAGCCCAUUCGAUCGCGGCAAUGAGAAUCUAAUGAGACUCCCGGUCGACACGGUCCUGACGCUACUCGAAAAGCAACAAGUUGACUUGCGUAUCUUGUCCUAUUCUAAUCGUUCGAGAACUCGCAUAUUCUCGGACACGUUGCUGAAGGAAAUCGCUCAGGGUCAUCCAAAACACACUUUGCUUCUUUUUGUCCUGGUCAUGUUGAGUACCUAUGCUCUUGUAACUGGCCUCAUCUCUCGAAGCGGCCAGCCAUGCGCAAGUAGAAGAGCAUGCAGAGAUAGCGAUGCUUCUUCAAUUAUCGGUGAGCCAGGUUUUGCUCAUUUUGCUCGAUGGCACACUUAUUCUUCACGAUUUGGCAGCAACUUCUCGUGUUCAAUUAGGCCGGGCAGAGCUAGGCUCACAAAUAUGGAGACUAUCUGAUGAUGGAUUCAUUCUUUUCACUAUUGGUCGACGGACUAGGUGGCGUGCCUGGUCUUUGCCUGAUGGCAAGGCUUUUGCUCUGCCGCAUUUGGCUAAGGAGGAUGCCUCGAUCUUAGAUGCGAGCCUUUCUGAGGGGCAUUUUCGCGUUAUUUGGUCAAACGGUGUUUUUCUUGACUACGAACGUUCCUGUAUGCGAACUGAGAGCGCUUGUAUCGAAAAUAUCACCCGAGCCUUGUUUGUUGGUCCAGCGUUGCUGCUUGAACUUCAAGGGUCUUUUUGGAUAUCGCAUACUAGUGGAAAGCCAUUUGACGUGGACAAGCCAAUUUGCGA